AUGCCGGAGGUGCAGCAACGCCGGAAAUGCGCGCGGACUCUGAUAUGCCUGCUGCGGUGCUUCUUGACGCUCACGUACCUGUGGUUGAUGAUCCAAGCGGCGGCUGUGGUGCCGCUGGUCAAGGAGCAGCGCAAGUGGUUCCUCUGGUUGCGCUAUCUAAAUUAUUUGAUAACCUACUCCUCGCUGCUGACGUUCGAUGUGCGGACCCAGGGCUUUGUGAUCUUCGUGAUACUCAAGAUGCUGUUCCGGAUCUAUCAGUGCUCGCGCUGCAACUUCUUCAACCCGAGCGACGAAGUGCAGGGCGAGCGGGUGCCAAUGAACAAGCGCAUGUUCGUGUACUUUGGGCCCUAUCUGCUGAUGUUCAUCACCUGCUGGCUGGCUAGCAUGUACGUCUCGACCCACAGCCUUAUGCAAUUGAUACGCAAUGUGGACGACAUACAGCCAGAUAAUCUAUGCAAGAUAAUUAUGAUCAUCCUCUUCAAGCUGUUGAUCAUGGCCAAUGCGAUCACACGCUGCAUGCGCGCCACGAUCUUGCUCCGCAUAUUUUUCGAUGAGCCCGGAGAGGAGCUGCACAACUCCCACAAUCUGGGCGAGCAUUUGAGUCUGUUCUUUCUAACUUAGUCUUAGACAAGGCUACCUUUCGGUCUAUGUACUAUGUAAAUUAAAUCCGUUUGCUAUUU